CGUCCUUUUUUUGCGCCUUGGCCACCGCCUUCUUGGAGCCCUUCUUCGGGGCGGGCGCCGACUUGGCCGGCUCGGGCAUGGUCGUGGGGAGCAGCGGGACCAAACGGAAAAACGCAGGAGAGACGGAACGUGAAGCUGCGAGCGGCCGCGCGCGCCCCAGCCUCUUAAAGGAGGCGAUGAACAAAGUCGCGGCUGAUUGGCGGCGAGGCUGGAAACGUCACACGCGAACGUCGGCCAGUCAGAAUCGGCGUAUUUCAAACCCCGGGCUCCAUUGGUUUAAGCGAAAGGGCUGCAAGUCCGCUCGGCACGACUAUAAGAAGGGGCGCCCUGGGCGGCUCGCCUCAGACUCGGGUCGGCGCUGCGGCUUCUUCGUUAUCAUGUCCGGACGCGGAAAACAGGGCGGCAAGGCGCGCGCUAAGGCCAAGACGCGCUCGUCGCGGGCCGGCCUGCAGUUCCCCGUGGGUCGCGUGCAUCGGCUGCUCCGCAAGGGCAACUACGCCGAGCGGGUCGGGGCCGGCGCGCCCGUGUACCUGGCGGCCGUGCUGGAGUACCUGACGGCCGAGAUCCUGGAGCUGGCGGGCAACGCGGCCCGCGACAACAAGAAGACGCGCAUCAUCCCGCGCCACCUGCAGCUGGCCAUCCGCAACGACGAGGAGCUCAACAAGCUGCUGGGCAAGGUCACCAUCGCGCAGGGUGGCGUCCUGCCCAACAUCCAGGCCGUGCUGCUGCCCAAGAAGACCGAGAGCCACAAGGCUAAGUAAGAAUCAAGAUGGAAACAAACAAAAGGCUCUUUUUAGAGCCACUUUUACAGUCACAGAAAAGGUAGCACGACCUGUUACACUUGCAACUACUUUACGUCUUAUUCAACGUAGUUUGGCUCCAGUCUUGACUCCCUGACCUCCAUUGUCCUCAUUUCACAAUUGGUAUGUAGGAACCUGUGGAAAUGAGUUGACGUUUUGUUUGUUUUAAACUAGACCAGUUUCAAAGUUAUAUUGGGUCUAAAACACCAAUUACGUUUACUUGAGAUGGUCAUCCAGGCCCAUACUGGAAAUGAGCUUAAAUGACAGGUUUCAUCAUAACCUUUAACAUUUGAUGUGAUUAUUUUGAAUGUAGUAAUUACUAAAAGUACUUGGAGAUACUACCUGAUGACAUAGGUACCACACUGCCAGAAUAGAUGUCCAGUUUUAGUCAAUCUUGGUCAUUUUAACAUUCUUAUUACAUACUUAGAUACCAUGCAUUAAGGAUAGUUUUGUAAAAUACGGUUCAGAGAAACUAAUGAGUAACACACAAAGCACAUAUCAAGAAAAAUAGAUACAGGAUGUUAGGGGAGGGAAUAGGAGUAGGAAGGUCUGUGAGGUAACCUAUGGUCUGAGGAUUAAAGAAGGUGUGAAUUAGUGGAAAGUAGGAAUUCAACACAAAGCAUCAGCAGACUCAGGGCUUUGAUAUGUGCAAGCAAAUGACAAGAGAUUAGAAGAGAUGGGAGGAACCAGAAGAGAUCUGCAGGCCACUCUGUCAAUUCUUUUCUAUACUAAUGAUUCCCAAGUCUAUGUCCAUCCCAGACUUAUCUCCUGAGUUCACACAUGCACAUUCAUCCAAUGCUUUCUGAAAUUCUUGAUCGUCAUUACUACCCAGGUGAUCUCAUUUUACUUGGAUCACCACCUAGCCAUUAACAUGAGGCAGGUUUGGUGGCACCGAAUAUUCAUUUUUGUGUGCCAUUCCUAUAGCAAAAUCCAGUUCCUUGUAUGGAGUGAUGAAAGCUUUCUGAAAGGCCAGAAAGAGCUUAAGUGGGAGGCUGCCAGACCAUGGCUGCUCAGCACAUGGGGUGUUUUGAGAGAUAUGGCAUAUCUGUGUCCACGUAAUUAGAAUUACUGCCCCCGAAUAAAAUCUUCAUAUAAUCACAAAUGAAAGACUUAUUUGGAGAAGUAUACUGACUGCAUAUUUCCAGGACAGGGUGCCCUUCCCAGCCAGCAAGAGGAUUGAUCACUGUAGAUAGGUCCACCUCUGUUGUGGGCCCUUCCUGACCGAUUAAUAGUUUAGUUCCCCAACCCAGAAGGAGAAAAGGGAGCUACACACGUAAGAAUACCAGUCUGUGUAGACAUUACCUUCCAUUGGAUCAGCGGGGGUGGGGAGCAUGCAAGGGCACUUCUCUCCAAAUAUUUCUCUUGCUUUCCAGAGGAAGGCUGAUUGCUGAGAGGGGAUACUCAGCACUUUCUUUUGCUUAAGGUGCUAAUUCAAAUAAAAAGCACUUUAAUUUGGUGCAAUAUUAGCAUCAACCUAAAUUUUGUAUAUUUACAAAAUAUUACAAAAAAUUAGU